CUUGCGAUACUGGGGAACUCAUCAUUUGUCUCAGGAUAAGACGGUAUAUACGUGGAUCAAUGAGAAAGGAGAUGUGACAGAUCAGAGGACGUAUAGAACACUUCACUCAAAUGCUUCAACUAUAGCUCAGAAACUGUUAACACGCCACAAACCAACCAUCAUGCCUGGUGAUAGAGUUCUGUUAAUCUACGUUCCAGGCCUUGACUUCAUCGAUGCCUUUUUAGGGUGUCUGAGAGCUGAAGUCAUACCGGUACCUGCCAUACCUCCUGAUCCAACACAGGGAGGUGGACAAGCACUUUUGCAUAUUGCAAACAUUGCUAAAACAUGCAAUGCUGUAGCGAUGUUAUCAACGUCUAAAUACCAUCUUAUGGUUCAAGCCAUUUCUGCAAAGAACAUGGUAUUUGGUAGAGGCAAUGGGAGAUCAUCCGGUAGCUGGCCGGACCUGCCUUGGUUAUACACCGACUUAUGGAUCAAGAGAAGCAAAAUUUUUAAGUUCAGUAAUGGAGUAGCUCAAGAAGACCGCGAACCUUUGCUGGAUGAUUUGUGUUUUCUCCAGUUCACUUCUGGUUCAACUAGUGAUCCUAAAGGAGUUAUGAUUACUCAUAGAGGAAUCAUUCAUAAUGUGAAGUUGAUGCAGAGAAGAUAUCGGGCCACAACGAGGACGAUACUAGUGAGCUGGCUACCACAGUAUCAUGACAUGGGACUUAUUGGAGGACUUCUCACUUGCCUAGUAAGUGGAGGUUCCGCGAUACUCUUUUCUCCGAUAACAUUCAUCAAGAACCCCCUCUUAUGGCUGCAGACAAUGAGCAAAUACCAUGCUACUCAUGGUGCUGGCCCGAACUUUGCAUUCGAACUCCUCGUACGGAGACUAGAGUCUAACAAAGUGCAGAAUCUCGAUCUCUCCUCCAUGACUUUUCUUAUGGUUGCUGCUGAACCAGUAAGAGAAACAACUGUCAAAAGGUUCAUUGAGUUGACUGAACCUUUCGGACUCUCCCAAGAAGUAAUGGCACCAGGAUAUGGCCUUGCAGAAAACUGUGUAUAUGUGAACAGUGCAUAUGGAGAAGGCUUGCCAAUUUUGGUUGAUUGGCAGGGGAAAGUCUGCUGUGGCUAUGCUAAUGUAUACACUGCAGACGUCGAAAUCAAAAUCGUCGAGCCUGACACUGGUAAAGAGCAUGGUGAUUCCACCAAAGAAGGGGAGAUAUGGAUUAGCAGUUUGAGUGCAGGAGCUGGAUAUUGGGGGAUGGAGGAGUUGAGCAUAAAAACAUUUGAGAAUGAACUUCUUACCGAACCGGGGAAGAAGUACAUAAGGACCGGAGAUUUAGGUAGAAUCAUUGAUGGAAAACUGUUCAUUACGGGGAGGAUAAAGGAUCUCAUAAUAGUUGCUGGAAGAAACAUAUAUUCCGCUGAUGUUGAGAAAACAGUUGAAAAAACAUCUGACCUUCUACGUCCUGGCUGCUGCGCGGUGGUUGGCAUACCUGAUGAGGUACUAAUGUCAAAAGGGAUAUCAAUUCCUAAAGGUUCUGAUCAACUUGGAUUGGUUGUAGUCGCAGAAGCUUAUAAAUCACUUCCUUGUGAAGUUAUUGAACGUAUCUGUACUCGUGUUGCAGAAGAACAUGGUAUAUCUAUUGCCUCCAUUGUGACUAUCAAACCGAGGUCCAUUAGUAAGACCACGUCAGGGAAAAUCAGGAGAUUUGAAGUAGCUAAAAGAUUUAUUGAUGGAACAUUGAGUGUGGUGGAAGAUGCAACCGAUGGAGAAAAAUCAUCAAGGGAGUCUAAAGAUGGUUCCGUACCACAAAUCACAAGAAAUUUAGCUCCGGGAAAUGAUAAAAUUAGCAAGGGACAGAUCAUAGAAUUUCUGAAGGAGCUGCUCUAUGAGAUGACAGAGGUUCCCAAGUCUAAAAUCUCCAUCACUGAGAGUCUGGUGUCUUAUGGUGUCGACUCAAUUGGCGUUGUUCGAGCAGCUCAGAAAAUUUCAAACUUUCUCGGAGUUCCAGUUGGAGCGAUAGACAUCUUUUCAGCAACCUGCAUUGAAGACUUAGCAGACUUUGCUGAAGACCUUUUGAGAAAAUCCCGCCCCGAGUUGGUGACAACUACCUCCGGUUCUUGUGAAAGCAAGAUGAGCUCAACCAUGAGUACCAAUCUCAAGUUUUCUUAUUCUCAUAAGCUUGUUAUCUGGUUUUUCCAACUUUUAGCUCUUGCUUAUGUCUCUUUCAUGCUGAUAUUUCCUGCGUGCAUAUCAGUUUCCACUUUCGAAUUUUUCAUUUCUGCAUGCCAAAUGCUGAUACAAUCAGCCCCUUGGUUUGGUUACAUUGUUUCCUUAGUAUGUGCUCCACUUUCGUGGAUAUUAUGCAUCGUCUCGACCAACAUAUGCAUAGGUUUUCUUGGAAAGUCAUUUCUACAACCAAACUAUAUGUUGAACCCUGAGGUGUCCAUCUGGUCUGUUGAUUUUGUCAAGUGGUGGGCACUUUAUAAGGCUCAAGAAAUAUCUUCAAAAGUCUUAGCAGUGCAUUUGAGAGGAACGGUAUUCAUCAAUUAUUGGUUCGAGAUGCUCGGGGCAAAUAUUGCAUCAUCUGCUAUUCUUGAUACUGUCGACAUCACAGAUCCAUCACUAGUUUCUAUUGGAGAGCAAGCUGUGAUCAAUGAAGGAGUAUUGCUUCAAAGUCAUGAAGUGAAAAAUGGUGUCUUGAGUUUCAACCCGAUAAGAAUCGGCCAAAAAUCGUCGAUUGGUCCUUAUGCUGUUGUUCAAAGAGGAAGCAUUGUGGAAGAUGGUACUCAUCUGCUUGCUCUCAACACCAGCAAGCCUGCAGUUAAAUGUGUUAAGGCUACAAGCACCAAAAAGGACAAAUCGACACGAAAGAGCAUGAAGGGGAGUCAUGGAAAUCAUGAACAUAUCAGUCAACUAUUCUCCAUAUACAUGGUCGGCUUUCUCAGCAGCUUAUCGGCAGCUGUUUCUUACUUCAUCUACCUUUCGCUAUGGCAAAACACACCUUCACUAAAACAUUUCAGGUUCUUUUGCUUAGCUGGAGCCUUUCAUUGGUUUCCAUACACGAUCGUCACAUAUGCAACAUUGUUUGACAAUUCCCCUUCAGGUUCAUUCACUUUUGCUACCACUAUUGCCAUUUUUUACAUAUGUCAUGGUCUUAUCCUUAGCUUAUUCACUUGUUUGGUAAACCAUGUUGUCCAUCAAAAAGGACAAAUGGACAUGAUGAAGACUUGUCUUGUCCAUCGUGUCAACGUUGCAUGUCACAUAAGAUUCACAAAAUUCAUAUCUGGAACAGAGUUGUUCUGCAUUUAUUUACGUCGAUUAGGUGCAAAAAUUGGCCAACAUUGUUCCAUCAGAGCCAUUAACCCCAUUUCAGAACCAAACCUCAUCUCAAUAGGCAAUGGUGCGCAUUUAGGGGACUUCAGUAGAAUCGUUCCCGGAAUAUAUACCUCUAGUGACUAUGUGUCUAGUAAAAUUGAGAUUCAAGAUAACUCGGUUAUCGGUAGUCAGGGUCUUGUUCUCCCAGGUUCUGUCAUUGAGAAGGAUGUUAUUCUUGGUGCAAUCUCAGUUGCUCCCAUGAACUCAGUACUUCAGCAUGGUGGUGUCUUUCUUGGCUCCAAAAAUCCAGUUUUGGUCAAAAGCAAGUCUUACUCGUUGGAUGAUCGAAUCGAGGAGAUGGACUUGAAAUAUAAAAAGGUGCUUGGAAAUCUAGCUGCAAAUUUUGCUGCUUCAACUCUUAAAGUGAAAUCGAGAUUCUUCCAUCGAAUCGGUGCUGCAGGAAAGGGAUGCUUAAGCCUCUACAAUGACAUCCCAGGUUUUGCAGAUCACAAGAUUUUCAGUCCUGGCAUGACAUACCGAGUUAUUAUGAGGCACAGUAAUUGUUUGAGUUCUGAUGAUGAUGCACGACUUGAUCCGCGUGGUGCAGCAAUAAGGAUCUUAUCAAAUGGAACUGAUGAGAACAGUUCAAUUCUUGAUCUGACACUAAAGACUGGUAAGGCAUUUCAUACUCGGACGAUAGGUGACUUUGCAACAUGGCUUGUUUGUGGAGCAGCAGCACGGGAAGCAGUGAAGCAUGCUCCACAUAUCCGGGAUGCAAUGUGGGGUUCUCUUCGACAGGCAGACUCCUACACCGAGCUGCAUUACUAUUCAAACAUUUGCAGGCUUUUCAGAUUCAAAAAUGAUCAAGAGAUGUAUGUCAAAUUCAAGUUAAGGCCUUUUGACAACAACAUCGGUGAGGACUCUGGUGAGGUGAAGCCUAGAGGCGUACUUCCACCAGAGACCGGUGCAAUUCCAAGAGAUGAGAAUGACAACCGUCCAUUACGCUUCCUUGAUGAAGAUUUCCAACAUCGUCUGCACACACCCGAGAAGGUCCGUUAUGUUCUACAACUACAAAUGCGAUCAAUACCGGAGGAUGAAGUGACUCGGGAGGCAGCUCUUGAUUGCACCAAGCCAUGGGAUGAGAUUGAAUUUCCUUAUAUUGAUAUAGGAGACAUAACUAUUGAUGCAACACUAACCAAAGAAGAAUCAGAAGAGCUAGAGUUCAAUCCAUAUCUCAAAUGUCAUGAAGUGGAUGUCAUUCGAGCAACAUCAUGCAAUCAAAGCGCGUCCAUGGACCACGGACGUUCAGUCGUUUACGACAUAUGCCAGUACCUGAGAAACAGAAAACCUCUCCCAGAAGCUUGGAGAAUCUUCUUAGAUCAAUCUGAUGUGAAAAUGGACUUCACCGGCUGUCCCCUUGCAUCGACAUUGGAGAAAAAGGAUACUACCAAAGUCGUCACGCUAGCAAGAUCUUGGUACGUGACAAUGUGGCUAAUAUCCGUUCAACCGUUCUUGCAAACAUUUCUUCCAUAUUUCCUCAUGGGAUUCAUAAUCUUUGCUCCAUUGAAGUUUCUUUUCUACACGUCGGAUACCAUAAAAGUCCAAAAGCAUUGGCUGCUACCUUUGUUUUGGGUUGUGACAGGACUUCUAGGUGGAAUUCUAUGUGCUUUUGCAAAAUGGAUUCUUGUAGGAAUCAAGAAAGACGGCGAAAGUGAGCUAAUUUGGAGUAAAGGGAUCUUCAGCGAUACGAUUUGGCAAGCAAUAAGGACACUAGUGGGAGACUAUUUCAUGGAAAUGACAAGUGGAUCGUUAUUAUUUGGAAUUUGGAUGAAGCUUAUGGGAUCAGAAGUUGCUUGGGACGAAGGCACGUACAUCGACAGCAUGGGAGCAGUUUUGAAUCCUGAAAUGGUGAGAAUCGACAAGUAUGGAUCGAUCGAGAGAGAAGCUUUGCUCUUUGGGCACAUAUAUGAAGGUGAAGGAGGCAAAGUGAAGUAUGGCAAAAUCAAGAUUGGAGAAAGUGGCUAUGUGGGAAGCAGAGCUGUGGCAAUGCCAGGGGUAACUAUUGACACUAAAGGUACUCUUGGAGAUCUCUCUCUUGCCAUGAAGGGAGAGCUCGUAAAAUAGGCGAAAAUACAAUCAAGAUCGUGACAUGUU